GCGUCCCAAAGGGGGAACACAGCAGGUUUAUGGUAAUAAGCCUCAGAGGAGGAGAGCAGGAGGAGAAGGAGGCGGAGGAGAGCCACGGAGCCAUUUUGUACUCAUUUUAAACUCCAGUGUGGGUUAACGCAGCCGCUGCGCGCCGUGGAUACGCCGAUACUAUGGAUACCGAGCGUCUUUUUCCACGUUGAAACUUCACGAUGAGGGAUAAAAGUAAAACACGGUGCUGGGAGAGGGAGAGUUAAUGCUUUUACGGUGGAGUUUCGGUGAAGUUGAAUGGGAUUUUGUAGGUUUACAAGCAUGGAGUCACCGAUGUACUGGAUUUGGGUCUGUGUCCUGUUCAACGUGCCGCUUGCGGGAUGUUUGGAGAUGCACCUUUCGGAGACUUUACAGCCCGGGACCCUUCUGGCGAACCUGUCGCUCGGACCUGGGUGGACUUAUAAAAUUGACAGGACUUUAUCCCCUAAAUUCACCCAGAGCUUUCUCCAAGUUGAUAGGCACGAUGGAGUUAUCCGGCUGUCCCACAAAGUUCAGUGCGCGCACACACCGAGGAGGAACCCGGCGUCUGUUUAUUUCAGAGCAGGUUCCUCAACAUCUGGGGACGUUAUUCUGACACAGUUUAAUGUGUUUGUCCACGGCCAGGACUGUUUUAUUAAAUACAAGAGAAAGAAAGCGUCAGGUAAGCCAGACAUUCACAUUAAACACCUUUCAAAACUGGAGGCAACUUCCUGCUUACCCCCAGGUAAAUUGCUGUUGAAUGUAACAGAACGUUUGCCUGCCUUCACGCGCAGCAUCGCUUUUUUGGACACUGAAUGUGUUGGAAAAGACUUGAGUGCACUGUUCAGGCACGGCGAUUUGUUCCUAGCCAGUGACUUGUGUCUUGGGCACAGGCAGCCUGAAGUAAACUUGCACUGCGCGUUGCACAGCUCUCCAGGCGGCCGACUCUCUGUGCAGCUGAGUUUGACGCUUAUAAAAGUGUCCAAACAACAUGGAUCCGUAUCAGAACCCGUCCAGAAAAUGCCUGGCAAAUUGAUCCGCAGGGGGAAGAGACAGGUGAACGCGUCUCCCCAGUUCCAGCUCCCCAACUAUCAGGUGUCCGUGCCCGAGAAUGAGCCUGCGGGGACGCGCGUUAUCACCCUGAAAGCCACUGACCCGGAUGAUGGAGAGGCAGGGAGGCUGGAGUAUAGCAUGGAAGCCUUGUUUGACAGUAGGUCCAAUGACUUUUUCACCAUUGAUUCUCAAACAGGGAGCAUAACAACCGUCCAGGCAUUAGACAGAGAAGUCAAAGACACCCAUGUUUUCAAAGUCACUGUGACUGACAAUGGCACCCCAAAAAGAUCUGCCACUUCUUACCUCACUGUCACUGUGAGUGACACUAAUGAUCAUAGCCCGGUGUUUGAGCAAACUGAAUACCGUGUCAGCAUCCGGGAGAAUGUAGAAGUGGGCUUUGAAGUGAUGACAAUCCGGGCCACUGAUGGGGACGCUCCCUCCAAUGCCAACAUGAUUUAUAAGAUUGUGAACGCCGAUGGAGUCAACUCAGUGUUUGAAAUCGACCCCCGGAAUGGCCUGGUGAGGAUCAGGGAGCGGCCUGACAGGGAGACCCAGGCCCAGUACCAGCUGAUUGUCGAGGCCAAUGACCAGGGCAAAGACCCGGGUCCCCGCAGUGCCACUGCCACUGUCCACAUCUCGGUGGAGGAUGAGAACGACAACUACCCACAGUUCAGUAAAAAGAGGUAUGUUGUACAGGUCCCAGAGAAUGUGGCUGUCAACACCAAAGUCAUCCAGGUGGAGGCUACAGACAAAGAUGAGGGGAACAAUGCCAAAGUCCAUUACAGCAUCAUCAGUGGGAAUGUGAAAGGACAGUUCUACAUUCACUCCCCCACUGGUGUGAUUGAUGUCAUCAAUCCUCUGGACUAUGAGAUGAUUCGGGAGUACAAUUUGCGUAUUAAGGCUCAAGACGGGGGCAGGCCUCCACUGAUAAAUGGCACAGGGAUGGUGGUGGUGCAAGUGGUGGACAUGAAUGACAAUGCCCCUAUGUUUGUCAGCACACCUUUCCAGGCUACUGUGUUGGAAAACGUGGCCAUUGGUUACUCUGUGAUCCACAUUCAAGCCAUUGACGGUGAUUCAGGAGAGAACGCUCGCUUGGAAUAUCGGCUCACUGACACCACACCUGGUUUUCCAUUCACCAUCAAUAACAGCACAGGCUGGAUUACUGUGUGUGAGGAGCUUGACAGAGAGACCACUGACUUCUACACAUUUGGCGUGGAGGCAAGAGAUCAUGGAAUACCUGUGAUGUCCUCCUCCGCCAGUGUCAGCAUCACGGUGCUUGAUGUGAAUGACAACGUGCCCACAUUUACAGAGAAAGUCUACUCACUGAAGAUCAAUGAAGAUGCUGUGGUGGGGACCAGCGUGCUGACAGUGACAGCUGUGGAUAGGGAUGUCAACAGUGUUGUAACUUAUCAGAUCUCCAGUGGCAACACCAGGAACCGCUUCGCCAUCACUAGCCAGAGUGGCGGUGGGCUCAUAACCUUAGCCCUCCCUUUGGACUACAAGCAGGAGCGCCAGUAUGUCCUGACGGUGACCGCCAGUGAUGGAACACGCUAUGACACAGCUCAGGUGUUCAUCAAUGUGACGGAUGCCAACACACAUCGGCCCGUCUUCCAAAGUGCCAACUAUCAGGUGAUGCUCAGUGAAGAAAAACCAGUGGGCUCUACCGUGGUGGUUAUCAGUGCAACGGAUGAGGACACAGGGGAAAAUGCUCGCAUCACGUAUGUAAUGGAAGACAAUGUUCCUCAGUUUAAAAUUGACCCAGAUACAGGUGCCAUCACAACACAAAUGGAGAUAGACUAUGAAGACCAGGCCUCCUACACAUUAGCCAUCAUCGCCAGAGACAAUGGCAUCCCUCAGAAAUCUGACACCACCUAUGUGGAAAUUAUCAUCCUUGAUGCUAAUGAUAAUGUUCCUCAGUUCCUCAGAGAUAUGUACCAGGGGACUGUAUUUGAAGAUGCACCUGUCUACACCAGUGUUCUCCAGAUCUCUGCUUCAGAUAGAGACUCUGGGUCGAACGGCAGGCUGAGCUAUACGUUCCAGGGUGGCGAUGAUGGAGAGGGAGAUUUUUUCAUAGAACCUUACUCUGGUAUCAUCAGAACUGCUCGCAAACUGGACAGGGAGAACGUUCCUGUGUAUAACCUAAAGGCCUUUGCUGUAGAUAAGGGGGUUCCACCACUGAAAGCAGCUGUUAACAUUCACGUUGUAGUCCAAGAUAUAAAUGACAAUGCUCCAGUGUUCGAGAAGGAUGAACUUUAUAUUGAUGUGGAGGAGAACAGCCCGGUCGGGUCCGUCGUGGCCAGAAUCACUGCCGCCGAUCCCGAUGAGGGCACCAACGCUCAGAUCAUGUAUCAGAUUGUAGAAGGAAAUAUCCCUGAAGUUUUCCAGCUGGACAUUUUUAACGGUGACCUCACUGCACUCACUGAUCUAGAUUAUGAGACUAAAACAGAGUACGUCAUAGUGGUCCAGGCCACCUCAGCACCACUAGUGAGCAGGGCCACCGUUCACAUUCGCCUGAUAGACAUGAAUGACAAUCAGCCUGUACUGCAGGACUUUGAGAUUAUUUUCAACAACUAUGUCACCAACAAGUCCAACAGUUUUCCAUCAGGAAUAAUAGGAAAGGUACCAGCUCAUGACCCGGAUGUAUCGGAUAAGCUACGGUACAAGUUUGAAUCUGGAAAUGAACUCAGUCUGCUGCUGUUGAAUGAGGACACUGGAGAUCUGAGGUUGAGCAGGGACCUGGACAAUGACAGGCCCCUGGAAGCCCCCAUGACCAUUUCCGUCACAGAUGGUCUCCAUCGUGUUGUGGCCCUUUGCACGCUACGUGUCACCAUCAUCACUGACGACAUGCUGACCAACAGCAUCACUGUGCGUCUGGAGAACAUGUCCCAGGAGCGCUUCCUCUCCCCCCUACUCAGCCUCUUCCUGGAAGGUGUAGCGGCUGUUCUCUCCACCAAACGGGAGGCAGUGUUUGUGUUCAACAUCCAAAACGACACCGACGUGCAAGGCUCCAUCCUCAACGUAACCUUUUCGGCGAUGCAGCCUGGAGGUGGCCCAGGUAAAGGGACGUUCUUCCCGUCUGAGGAGCUGCAGGAACAGAUCUACCUCAACAGGACUCUGCUCAGGCUGAUAUCCUCUCAGGAGGUGUUGCCAUUUGACGACAACAUCUGCCUGCGCGAGCCCUGUGAGAACUACAUGAAGUGUGUGUCGGUGCUGAAGUUCGACAGCUCCCCUCCCUUCAUCGCCUCUGACACGGUUCUGUUUCGGCCCAUCCACCCCAUCAACGGGCUGCGCUGCCGCUGUCCGGUCGGUUUUACUGGGGACUACUGCGAGACUGAGAUCGACCUGUGCUACUCGGGGCCGUGCAAGAACAACGGCAGGUGCCGCAGCCGAGAGGGAGGGUACACCUGCGAGUGCCUGGAGGACUUCACAGGUGAACACUGUGAGCUGAAUGCAUCAUCAGGCCGCUGUGUACCAGGUGUGUGUAAGAAUGGCGGCAAGUGUGUCAACAGGCUGGCAGGUGGUUUCAUGUGCCAGUGUCCACCAGGGGAGUACGAGAAGCCGUACUGUGAGAUGACCACCCGCAGUUUCCCAGGACAGUCCUUCAUCACCUUCAGAGGCCUGCGGCAAAGGUUCCACUUUACUGUCUCCUUCAUGUUUGCCACCAGAGAAAGAAACGCUCUGCUUCUCUACAAUGGCAGAUUUAAUGAGAAACACGAUUUCAUCGCCCUGGAGAUCAUUGACGAACAGAUUCAGCUCACCUUCUCUGGAGGUGAGACAAAGACCACAGUGUCUCCCUACAUCCUAGGCGGGGUUAGUGACGGCCAGUGGCACUCUGUCCAGCUCCAUUACUACAACAAGCCUAACAUUGGGCGUCUAGGCAUCCCUCAUGGACCGUCUGGAGAAAAGGUGGCUGUGGUUGCAGUGGAUGACUGUGACAUCUCCAUGGCGAUUCGCUUUGGAAAGCAGAUCGGCAACUACUCCUGCGCUGCCCAGGGCACUCAGACCGGACAGAAGAAGUCACUGGAUCUAACAGGACCAUUGUUGCUGGGUGGCGUUCCCAACCUGCCUGAGGACUUCCCGGUCAGAAACAGAGACUUUGUUGGCUGCAUGAGGAACCUCAGCAUCGACAGCAAACCCAUCGACAUGGCCAGUUACAUUGCUAACAACGGCACCACAGAAGGUUGUCCCGCAAAGAAAAACUUCUGCGCAAAUGAUGUGUGUCAGAAUGGAGGAGUGUGUGUCAGCAAGUGGAACACCUACAGCUGCGACUGCCCAACCGGUUACGGAGGCAAGAACUGUGAACAAGUGAUGCCAUCUCCUCAGUUCUUCGAUGGUCAGGCGCUGGUUUCCUGGAGUGACCCAGACAUCACUGUCGCUGUUCCCUGGUACAUAGGCCUCAUGUUCCGCACCAGACAGCCUGCUGGCACCCUGAUGCAGGCCAAUGUUGGACCUUCUUCUACCAUCAACCUCAUGGUGAGUGAGCAACAGGUCCGUAUGGAAGUGCUGCUGAGGCAGCAGCUGGUGGCGGCGCUGAGCUUCCCCCAAGUUCGUGUCAAUGACGGGGAGUGGCACCACUUACUUGUUGAAUUAAGGAGCAUUAAAGACGGCAAGGACAUUAAAUACAUGGCCACUGUGUCCCUGGACUACAGCAUGUACCAGAAGUCGGUGGAGAUUGGUAAUGACCUGCCAGGUCUGAAGCUGCAAACUCUUCAUGUUGGAGGUUUGCCUGGGGAGGGAAACCAUGUCAAGAAAGGAUUUGUUGGCUGCAUACAGGGUGUGCGUAUGGGUGAGACAUCAACCAAUGUAGCCAAUGUGAACAUGGCUCAGGGCCUAAAGAUCCGUGUGCAUGAUGGCUGUGAUUUGGAUGACCCCUGCGACUCCAACAUCUGCCCCGACAACAGCCACUGCAGCGACGACUGGAGCACACACACCUGCAUCUGUGACCCAGGUUACUUUGGUAAGGAGUGUGUGGACGCUUGUCAGCUCAACCCCUGUGAGCAUGUUUCCACCUGCGUUCGCAAACCAAGUUCCUCUCAUGGCUACACCUGUGAAUGUGGACAAAACUACUAUGGCCAGUACUGCGAAUACAAAGUGGAGAAGCCGUGUCCUCAAGGCUGGUGGGGCAGUCCAGUGUGUGGACCCUGUAACUGUGACACUAACAGGGGAUUUCAUAAAGACUGCAACAAGACCACUGGAGAGUGUCGCUGCAAGGACAACCACUAUCGUCCAGAGGGUGAGGACACUUGCUACCCCUGCGAAUGUUUCUCAGUUGGCUCUGAGUCUCGGACCUGUGACCCCGUCACGGGGCAGUGCCCCUGUAAAGGAGGAGUCAUAGGUCGUCAGUGUAAUCGCUGUGAUAACCCCUUCGCAGAGGUCACCCCCACUGGAUGUGAAGUGGUGUAUGAGGGCUGUCCCAAGGCGUUUGAUGCAGGCAUCUGGUGGCCCAAGACCAAGUUUGGACGCCCUGCUGCCAUGAACUGUCCCAAAGGAUCCAUCGGUACUGCCAUUCGCCACUGCAGUGAUGAGAAAGGCUGGUUGUUGCCUGAGCUCUUCAACUGCACUACCGUCACCUUCUCCCAUCUAAAGAAACUGAACGAGGACCUGCGCCGCAACAGCUCAAGGAUGGACAGCGAACGCUCCAAGACCAUCGUGCGUUUGCUUCACAGCGCCACCAACAACACCCCGCAUUACUACGGCAACGACGUGAAAACGGCCGCCCAGCUGCUGAAUUACGUGCUGCAGUAUGAGAGCAGGCAGGCGGGAUUUGACCUCACUGCCAUGAGGGACGCAGAGUUCAAUGAGAAUCUGGUGCGAGCAGGCAGUGCCAUACUGGAUCCUGAUAACAAGGAGUACUGGGAGCAGAUCCAGAAGACUGAGGGCGGCACCGCGCAUCUGCUCCGCAACUUCGAGGACUACGCCAACACUCUGGCACAGAACGUCAGGAAAACCUACCUGAAACCCUUCACCAUUGUUACUGACAACAUGAUUCUAACCGUGGACUACCUGGAUGUGUCAGACCCGGAUAAGGUGACGUUCCCUCGGUUCCAGGACAUCCAGGAGUACUAUCCCAGAGAGCUCGGGUCCUCCAUCCACUUCCCCCAGUUCAACCUCCACACUCAGGGCCACAGAGCAGAGCCCACUGCGGCCCCUUCGACUCAGACCAAUCCCCCCCAAGAGGAGGAGCACACAGUCUCUGAUAGGAGACGCCGACACCUCGAGCCAGCCGCCCCUCUGCCGGUCGCCGUGGUGAUAGUGUACAAAUCACUGGGAAAGCUACUUCCAGAAAGAUACGACCCUGAUCGCAGAAGUCUGAGGCUCCCCAACCGGCCAGUGAUCAACACAGCCAUAGUGAGCGCCACAGUCCACACCGAGGGCCCGCCUCUCCCUCCCAUCCUGGACCCCCCCAUCACCCUGGAGUACACCCUGCUGGAGACAGAGGAGAGGACCAAGCCUGUCUGUGUCUUUUGGAAUCACUCCAUUGCGAUUGGAGGGACAGGCGGCUGGUCCUCUAAAGGCUGUGAAGUGCUGAAUAGGAACAACAGCCACAUAAGCUGUCAGUGUAAUCACCUGACCAGCUUUGCUGUGCUGAUGGAUAUCUCCAAGAGAGAGCACGGCGAUGUUCUCCCCCUGAAGAUCGUCACGUACACCACAGUAGCAGUCUCCCUCAUACUUCUCCUCAUCACCUUCAUCUUACUGUGCCUGCUGCACCGGCUCCGCUCCAACCUCCACGCCAUCCACAGGAACCUGGUGGCAGCGCUCUUCUUCUCUGAGCUCGUCUUCCUGCUCGGCAUCAACCAGACUGACAACCCGUUUGUGUGCACAGUGAUAGCCAUCCUCCUCCAUUACUUCUACAUGUGCACCUUCGCCUGGAUGUUUGUGGAGGGGCUGCACAUCUACCGCAUGCUGACUGAGCUGCGCAACAUCAACCACGGCCACAUGAGGUUCUACUACGCCAUGGGCUGGGGCAUACCGGCAAUCAUCACUGGUCUGGCAGUAGGUCUUGACCCUCAGGGAUAUGGGAACCCAGAUUUCUGUUGGCUCUCUGUCCAUGACACACUCAUCUGGAGCUUCGCAGGACCCAUCUUUGUAGUAGUCCUGGUGAACAUAGUGAUCUUUAUUCUUGCUGCAAAGGCUUCUUGUGGUCGCAGGCAGAAGGCUGUGGAGAAGUCUGGAGCUAUUCCUGCACUUCGAAUGGCCUUCCUCCUGUUGCUGCUCAUCAGCGCCACCUGGCUGCUCGGUCUAAUGGCGGUCAACAGUGACGUCAUGACUUUCCACUACCUUUUUGCUGUCUUCAGUUGUCUGCAGGGAGUCUUCAUCUUCUUCUUCCAUGUGGUCUUCAAUAAAGAAGUGAGGAAAAACCUCAAGAACGUCUUCACAGGAAAGAAGAGUGUACCAGAUGAGUCCAGCACCACAAGGGCGUCUUUACUCACACGUUCUCUCAACUGCAACAACACGUACACAGAGGACGGCCCAUUGUACCGCUCGGGCAUUGGAGAGUCCACAGUGUCUCUGGACAGUACGCUCAGGUCAGCUAAGAGCCGCAGCAGCUACCUGGCUUACACACUCAGGGAGGAGUCUGGUCAGAAGCCCAGUGUCUCUUCUGGGACAGCUAAAGGACACACAGAUCUGGACGGACCCCUGUUCCACAGAAACGGCACCAAGGGAGAUGACUCUGACUCAGACAGUGAGCUGUCAGUGGAUGAACACAGCUCCUCCUACGCCUCCUCCCACUCCUCCGACAGCGAGGACGACGACAUUGAUGUUAAGCCCAAGUGGAACAAUGAGAGGCAGCCCAUUCACAGCACACCUAAAGCAGAUUCAGUGCCCAAUCACAUGAAGCCUUACUGGCCAGCAGAGGCUACCACAGCUAGUGACAGCGAAGAUCCAGGUGGUGCAGAGAGGCUAAGGGUGGAGACCAAGGUGAAUGUGGAGCUGCACCCAGAAAAUAAGCUUAACCAUAUUGGAGAAAGAGAGAGGGAGAUGCCCCAGGAGAGAGACAAACAGACGCCUAGUAACGCUAAAGAUGGACUGCCCCCCAGCCAACCCAACAGCAACAGCAACCAUCAACCAGAGCAGAGAAAAGGUAUCUUAAAGAACAAGAUCAGCUACCCCCCUCCGCUGACCGACAAGAACAUGAAGAACCGUCUGAGGGAGAAGCUUAGCGACUACAACCCCCCCACCAUCACCUCCCCUCCCCCCAACAACAACAACACCACCUCCUCCCCGCUGCCUUCCUCCGUCAACAUCAUGGCCCCUUCGUCCCGGCCGCCCUCACUGGCCUCCAAUGACGGCGGUCGACCGGGCAACCACGACACAAGCUCACUCAUCAAGCCACCCGUCGCUCCGCGACCACAGGUUCCCACUGGGCCCCCGCCAGCGGGCAUCUACCGGGAGACCAACGGGGGAGUCGCCAUGCACUUGAAGUCAGGAACAGUCAAUGGAGGCAAUGAGUCUGACUCAGAUGGCAGUAACGAGACUUCGAUCUGACCUGUUAGGAAAACCCAGACCAGCCUGCCUUUGUGAGAAGAGGAGGAGGAGCAAGCGGAGAAACCGCUCAGGGGGAGGAGAGCUGAGAGCGAGGGAAAUGAAAUUAAAGAAAAAAAGAAGAUAGAGGGGUGCUGAAGAUCCAGUGAAAGGAGGGGAAAAAGUUGCUCCCCACUCCUGACCUGUCCACCCAUCCCUCCCUUCGUGUUCCCUCUCUUCUGGAGAGCAGUAUUAAUUGCAGACUUAAAGACUGCCUGAGACGAGGAAAUAAGCAGAGAAAAUGGAAAGAUGUGAGAAAUAAUAAAGGGAAUGCUGUGUUGGACUGUAACAAGAGACGAUGAAACGGAGCCAUGUGUGCCAAAACCACUAAAGGAAAUGGGGAUGGAGAGUUAGAAAAUGAAGAAUGCCCCAGAAUGCUUUGCAAGCCCCAAAAUGGUCAUGGUUAUGAGGAGUCUGUGAGGGGACAUCAUGUGUUCCUUAUCAUUGGAAAGCUGGACUGUACUUUGGGCCAUCUUCUUUCUUGGAGAAAGUCAGAUGUAUAAUCACUGAGCAUGAACCCAUACAUGCUGGUACAGUUUCAUUUGUAGUCCAAAAGGAUUUCAAGGACUACAAGUCCCUUAAACUGUCAGACAUAAACCUGACACAACCUGUUCUCACUGACUUGUUGAUACAGAACAGCACUACCACACACCAAGUGCUCUUUUCUUCUUCUUUUUUUAAACUCAAAGAAAGGCUUCCCCAGCCUCUCGAUGCAGUGCAUUUAGAGUGUAAUUAAUGUGUAGAUAUUGUUAAAGGUGAAGAAGAAAUGAUCUAUUUUGUAUUUCAGCUGUAGCAAGGACAAGUUUUCUAAACUAAAAAUCAUUUGCCUGUGUUAUGUUGGGAACGCUUUCCUAUUGUGAAAAUCACUUGAUAUGCUGGUUUAAUCGACUGAGAACAAUAAUCUGUGUGCCUUCAUCCUGGAUUGAGGCCUUAACACAUGCAUACACACUCACACACAUAUACUGUAUUAGUCUGUAAUGGGCUUUCAGGUGAUGUAACACACUCUCUGGUAGCAUGAUUUGCUAUACAGACACAGAACAGUAAGGCCUAAAUGAGCAUUCAAUUUUGUGGAAUGGAGGGAAAUUCCCUCUCUGUUGAAAACUGUUUUUCAGUUCGAGCACUAUAAACCCGAAGCCUUCUUUUCCAGUGUCCAUCCUGCCUGUUUGUUCAAUGCAACACACUCCUGGUUACCAAAGUCAUGAGAUACAGUAAAUGUGCACACAAGAGUUGGAGUCAGUUCACUUUGAACUCAGUCAAAUUUCAAAAUAGUUUAAAAAAGAAAGAAAAAAGAAAAAAAAACAUUGCAAGACAUUUGUUGCAUGAAAGCAAAGCACACUUAGAAAAUAGAUUUCAUGUUUUUAGCAUGUUUUAGUCCAGAAUUGAUAUAAAUUCUGAAUCUGAAUUCAAAGUGAAAAUAACACCAGCUCUAAUGCAUUUUGCAGCUAUUAUAAGGCAACUUAAAGUCUGGUUUACCAACGCCUUUGUAUUGUUCACCCCAGUGUUUUUGCCCUCAUGCAGUCAAUGCUGCCGAAAAAUGUCCUUGUUUUUUUAUUGAUCAGAGACACUGGAAAUGUUUUGUAACAUAAUGUAUAUUUAUUUUUUAUGGUUUUAAGACACUGGAAAGAAAAAGAUGAUUGUGACUGUAAAAUUAAAAAUGACAUGAUGAAUUUUUAA